GCCACAAUCCAUUUCCUAAACUUUCAAACACUCUUCUCUUUCCCCAAAAUGUCAAUUCUACCCUUCUCAUCCUCCGACAAAAAAUACCGAAGAAGUCCGAAGAGUCAUCCUUUCCUUCCCAAAAAUCAAAACAACAAUCAAUUCAGAUCUGAUGAACCUUACUACGAAUCAGGAGAAAUCGGAUUCAAUGGCGCUUCAUUCUCCGGUGCAGUAUUCAAUCUAUCGACGACAAUUGUUGGUGCUGGAAUUAUGGCACUGCCUGCUACUGUUAAAGAAUUGGGAUUAUUACCGGGAUUGAUCAUGAUUGUUGUUAUGACAGUAUUAACAGAAUCAUCUAUUGAAAUCAUAUUGAGAUUCGGUAAAGCGUCGAAAUCAGUUUCGUAUUCAGGUGUCGUCGGAGAUUCGUUCGGUGGUGGUGGUAGAACGUUGUUGCAGAUUUGUGUGAUUGUUAAUAAUCUUGGAUUGCUCAUCGUCUACAUAAUCAUCAUAGGUGAUGUAAUGUCAGGUACAAGAUUAAGCUCAGGGAUGGUGCAUCAUUCAGGUGUAUUAGAAGAGUGGUUUGGAGCACAUUGGUGGACAUCACCAUCUGUGAUUCUCCUAUUUACUGCGCUUACGAUUAUCUCUCCGUUGAUCUCUUUCAAGCGUGUCGAUUCUUUGAGGUACACAUCGGCAUUGUCGGUCGCGUUGGCGGUAGUUUUUGUUGCAAUAACAACUGGAAUAACAGUGGUGAAAUUGAUGAAUGGAAGUAUUGAAAUGCCGCGUUUGUUUCCAAAUGUUGUAGACCAAGCUUCUUUUUGGAAGCUUUUUACUACUGUUCCUGUGCUUGUCACUGCCUACAUUUGCCACUACAGUAUACACCCCAUAGAAAAUGAACUGAAAGAUCCAUCACAGAUGAAGUUGAUUGUUCGAGCGUCACUCACAUUCUGCGCAUCAGUUUACGUGGCAACUAGUUUGUUUGGGUUUCUACUCUUUGGAGAACAAACUUUGGAUGAUGUUUUGGCAAAUUUUGAUGCAGACCUUGGGAUUCCAUACGCGGGGCUAUUACUGAAUGACGUGGUGAGAGUAAGCUACGGAAUGCACUUGAUACUUGUGUUUCCAGUUGUUUUCUUCUCUUUGCGUCUCAGCGUCGAUGGCCUACUUUUUCCAACGGCAGUACCUAUUGUAUUUGACAACCGAAGAUUCCUGUCCAUCAGUGUUGGUCUAAUGGGAGUCAUCUUCAUUGGUGCCACUUUUGUGCCAAACAUAUGGACCGCAUUCCAGUUCACUGGUGCUACUGCUGCUACCUCUCUAGGCUUUAUUUUCCCUGCUGCCAUCGUUCUAAAGGAUAAAUAUGGAAUUGCAGCAAAGAAAGACAGGAUGUUAUCUUGGUUUUUGAUGAUUUUGGCAGUGACUUCAAGCACAAUAGCCAUUUCUAGUAACAUUUACGGCAUAUUUAAAGACCAAGGGUCGGAGAUUAUGAGGAGAGAAGAAUGAGAAGAAUUCUAAACCAGAAACAUCUGAGCAGUGAGCUUAUACCAGUUUCAUGUACUUGGAGUGAAGAGACAAUACUUUGCUUCACAAUCCCGCCAUUAAUUUGUUCUGGAGACCAUGGUUAAAGAAACCAAUUGGUUCUCUAGGCAUCAAUAGUAUACAGUUGAGAAAGAUAGGGACAACUGCACGGUAGAAAUUAGAUAGGGAAUAGACAGAUACAGUGAGGAUUGUGAAAGUUUCAUUCUUUGUCUUUUUGGUUCAUAUUCUUUUGAGAUUAAAAUAUGAUUUAAUGUACUGGAAACUUGUACCACGGAGCCAAAGAACAAAGAGCUCUUUCUUAAAUCUGAGGUAAAGAAUUUUGAUGAAUA